UCGUUCCUGUGACGGUGUUGAGUCAGUUGGCUGUGUGAAAUAGAGGGGUUUUUCAUCCGGUGCAAAAGGGAAAGCAUUCUUGUCUUAGAUGCGCAGGGCUUCAGCACAGCGGAGGUCGUGAGGCUGCAGCUGGUGAAUUACAAUUGGGAUACGGAGCCGCGAUGAACGAGGCUCUUUUUUUGACGUGAUUUUAGAAAUUACCGUACGUUUUAAUUCAUUAAAACCUCUUGUCCUGGGGGUGGGUGGGGGGGGGGGGAGGAUUUUGUCCUGUUGUCCCCGCACAGGAAUGUUUUUUUCUCGGCUUGGUUUUGCUACAGAGGACCAUGGAGACCUCCGAAGGCAUCGGUCAUGCUUUGUGGUGAGGGCGCGGCUGGGAGCGUGAGUCGUAAAGUCCCCACACAAACAUCUCAUGGAGGUCAAAGGACAUCUGAUCACAUCCAUGGGUCUAGGGGCUCCUGAUGUUCAAGGAUGCCAGGACAGCAAGCUGCAGGCUGAGAGGAUUGCAGCGCUGCAGGAGAGGAAGCAGGCCCUUGAGGCUCUCCUCAAAACCAGAGUGGGAGAGCUUAAACAUGUCUGUCUGCAGGAAGCAGAGCUUACUGGGAAGUUGCCACGUUCUUUCCCCCUGGAGACGGGAGAGAACCCCCCACUGGUGCAGCGCAGAGCUGGCAUCCCGCCCAAUGCCAAGGCAGAGGACGAGGCUGCCCAAAGGAAGCAGAUGAAAGCCAUAUUCACGGGUGCUCUGUAUAGACACUCAGAAUCGGACCGAAAUGUACCAAACAACAAGAGGACAGUUCACCGGGGUUGUCACACAGAGGACACUGUCAUGUCAGAGAGUACAAGCUCCAUGUCAGAUUCCACAUCCCAUGACAAUGAGUCGUCUCCUAGCGUUGCUGCCGACCAGCGCUCACUGUCUCAGCCUCGGCUCACUGUUGGCAGCCCUGACCACAGGAUCAGCAGGAAGCUGUCUCCAGUUGAGAUUUACUAUGAGAUGAGGACACGCCGCAACUCUGUCACAAGUUCUGUCAGCCCAACUCACUCUUUACCCAGAAGUGCAUCUAAUGUUGAAGGUAGAAGUGUUCCAGCCACUCCUCUUUUGGCUCGGACUGCUCCAAUCAGCGUUCACGUCAGGUCGGACACGUCAGGGGGUAAUGGGUUGAAGCAGUGGUCUGGUAGUCUGGAUGUGCCCUACAUGAUUCCUCUGGCUCAGGAGGGUUCUUCCUCUGACCGCCGAAGCUGUCCAUACAGCUCCCGUGCCAGGCGCAGUAACAGCUCUGAGGCCCUGCUGGAUAGAUCGAGCCUUCCUGACGAUCCUGCUCCUAGAAACGGGAUGCCCCCAAAAGGAGGACCCUACAAGAGCUCAGAGACACUGACUGAUGGGAAGCUGCGACAGAUCCACCUUGGAAGCCCAGAGAGACAUGCGGGCAGCUCGGUGGAACAGGCCAAAUUGCGUCUCUCCAUGGGCGGCAGAGGGGCCGGCGGCGGCUACAAUGAGCUACUGAUGGACUAUAUUUGGGGGAAACAGCAAAGGAUGCAAGUGCAGCACCACCUGUAUCAGUCCACAGGCAGGAUCUGGCAGGACGCGACUUCUCCUCGUUCCUCCACUGCAGCUGUCCCUCCCCAUGCCAACGGCUUUUCCCAUUCCCAGGUGCACCUCCCCACUGCUGCGACUCCCUACAGCCCCAUGGUCCUCCGAGGGUCCCAAGCUGAGCUGCGCAGGGUCAAAGUAACCAGAACCAAAUCUUGUGGGCCCUUUAUUCCUUUGCAGCAACACACCCAGGAUGGCAUCCUGCUGUCAGCCUACGAGUCUCCCCUUCCUGCCUCUGGCACCACAACAUCCUCCAUUCCCAACCUCCAUCCCUACCAGACGGACCUGUCUGGCCCCGCAUUCAGCCGCAGACCCCCACAAUUCUCUCUCCCUACCCCAGAAGACUCGACGAGAAGCUUGCAUAAAGCGCUCGCUCUGGAGGGUCUGAGGGACUGGUACCUGAGAAAUGCCCUUGGAUAUCCUCCUUCAGCCUCAAAGGGUCAGGAGGCAGGAAUAUCUCGUCUCUCGCACCCCCACCCACUGGUGCACCAGGCCCAGUCUGUUCAAGGGGAAACAGCCAACCUUCACAGAUCCCAGAUACCCCAGUCAGCCAGCUUCCAUGGUCACCCAAUGCAUGGAAGGUCGAUGGAGUUCUCUCUCUAUCAGGAGACUCCCCAUCCACAGAUGCAAGAAGUGACCCCAAAGGAACCCAGCCCAGACCCAGGCACCCUAGUCUGAUUCAGCAGAACACACACAUUUUAUGAGUAAAAAUACUGUAGCCUCACACACACGGUACUCUCAGACUCUGAUAGUCACACACUAACACAGAUAAGGUGAUACAAUGUGACCUCAGCAGAAAAUCAAAACAUGGAAACCUCAGCAGAAAGAGACUGGAAUAAAUGACAACUGUAGAUGUACAGUGUGAAACAGCCUUGGCAAGUUCCCUGUGUUAUAACUGAUCUCACCACUAUAUGUGAACCUCAAACCUAGUGUUCUGAUGGAUGUGCACUGGAUUUCACUUAUCUAGCAACAGUAUGGUCAUACUGUAUAUGGAUAUUACUGGUUCAACACAAGCAGUAGAAUAUUUCCUAAUAACCCCCAAAAAGUCUCCCAAGAUAUACUUUUUUACAGAAUAUAUACAACUCUAAAUCACUAUUUUGUAUCUUCUGAGAUAUAAAGAACCGUUAUAUUCAAGAGGUAAUUUAUUGCUCAUUACUCGUGUGAUAUACAAAGGCGCUCGCAUCAAUUAAAAGGUAUAACUACAUUCUGGUGAAUGUGUUUGUAUACUCUUAAAAACACAAAAAAUGCUUCAGUCUUCAUCUGAUUUUAAUUUCACAGCCAUUUGUAUUUUUCAUGAUUGAUAAUGAAACAGGAGUCAUGAACUGUAGCAUACAGACGUAGCAGACGGGAGUGCCUAAAUGUUAAAAUAUCAAAACGAAACCUUGGUUAGAAAACUUUAAAGUGCUUUCUUGUGACCUGAAAUGCUAGCAUUGAGCCUUUUGAGCUUAGUGUAAUCAAAAACUGAAAUCAGGUCAUGAUGUCACUAAAUUAGGGUAUUUGAAAUGAUGUCAUGUAUGACCUUUCUGUUAGUUUUCUAGAUUCAGAUUGGUGCUGGCUAACAAAUGUAGCUCUGUUUGUGCUGACUGAUUUAGACCAGUUUUAGGAAGAACCUGAGGGCUGUUCUGAGACCUGUGUGGCAGUAGCAUAUGACUGUAUGACAAUAAUUAAAAAACAUAAAACCUGUUUUUUUUUUUUCUGCAUUCAGUUUUGGCGGUUUUGAGUGUCAUAUGGAGCACUUUAUGAACAUCUUAAGCCUUAAAUCCCUUUUAAAUGGUCGCCAAGAGAGAUGAGAAACAUUUAGGAAAAGGGUUUCGCCAACAUCUACUGAAGGUCAUUGUGAGUGUUCGUCUGUAUAUAGUGUGGAUUGUACUGAUGAGUUUCAAGCUGAUAUUUAAUUACUGUACUAACAGUUUAAUUUUUAAACUAACCAUACAAUAUGUAUUUAAUCAAAAAUAAACUCUCCCACUCAUUCUGACCCUAAAUGAGCACUAUGUAGUUGGUUGUAUAAAGUGAGGAUGGUGGUGUGAACAGAGUAGGGCUGCUGCAGUUGUGAAUGACGGUGUGAGCAGGUCUCAUACCAGUAAAUUUGUUAAUGACAAUUCAUGCUUUCUAAAUUGUUUAUUAGUUAGAUUUGAACUCAUUCCAUCUUCUUGGUUUUGUGUUUUAUGAAGAAGAGAUCUACAUUUUUAAAAUCCAGGGUAGUUAUUUGUUAUUGUGUGUUUCUGAGUUUGUAUCAGUUGUAUAACCAUUCUGUGAACAACUUCAGAAAAACCUGAAUAAUAAUGGAUAUCCUCAAGAAAUAUGAAAAUAUUUGUCUUUGUGUGAACAGAAACUUUUUACUUUGUUCCCAUUUAAUGUGCUUCAUCUUUGGCCAUGUUGAGACUCAUAUGAAUGUAAUUCUUUAUAAUUGUCUUUAGUGAAAUUGUUUUCUACUCUGUUACAAACAGCAACAAACUGUUGAAUGUUUACCUGGUUUCUUCUGCUGUCUGAUGUGUUCACAUUCUCUCAGUAUCCUGUUUCAUGCAGCCUCUCCCAGUGAGUAAAAUCCUGAAAUCUAAGACCAAACAGCUGUGCACUGGGGGUCAUACAUGUAUUUUUCAUAUUAUGUACUCUGUAAUUACUCUCAGUUGAAAAUAAAUGAUAUACAUUUAGCUCUGAAGCAAAGUUUAUUCAAACUACAGUAUAUUAUAUUUAUGAACAUAUACCAUGUUGUAGCUAUCUUGUGUAGCUCUCAUCAAGUGUGGGAAAUUUAUGUGUUUCAAACAUUUCAUUCAGAAGUGUGAUGUGUCAAUAUUUUAUUAUUUUUCUUUAGAUAUUGAAAUGCAGCUGUUUUCUCCAUUCCUCCUCUCUUUAUAACCAGGCCUAUGAGAUAUGACUAAACAUGGCCUGCUCUAUACUGUAUGUAUGAGACUGUGCAUUCAUUCUACUUAAUAAAGUGUCAUGUUGAAAUCAAACAA